GUGCCAAUGUGAUUCAUGCGAUGAAUCACUUUUCAAGGCAAGACCAUUCAUUUCAAACACACUGGUGAUUAUCAGAUAAAUGAGUCAAUGAACACGUGUGGGACUUGGUAAAAGGAGUUAAAAGCACAACAUGGAAGAAGCUCUGGGAUCUUUGGGUAUGACAGGAAUGGGUGCAGCCGCCCGCGCCUUAACGACACCAGCAGAUAAAUAUACAAAUGAUCAAAACCUUGAGUUGGGUUGGGCCGUCAAAGCCUAUCAUCAUGCGGAAACGUACUUCAAUCUGGCGUCAUCGGUUGAUAACCGCAUGCUGAAACUCACAGCCCAAGAUGACGAGAUAUACAAAAGAUUUAGAGAAUGCUUCCCUGACCUGAAGAUCGAUGUCAUAGAUCCUGAGGAUUUGAAAUCAGCGCCGGCCAAACUGAAAUGGAGACCAUUCUGCAAUGAAUUUGAAGGCCUUGUCGAAGAUUUCAACUAUGGGACGCUGUUACGAUUGGAUUGCACCGAAGGCUAUUCGGAAAAGAACUCCAUCUUUGCGACGAGAAUUCAGUUCUUCGCCAUCGAGAUUGCCAGGAAUCGCGAAGGCCUUAACAUGGGACUCUUCAAGAAGCAAGAUAAAGAGGGUUCUUCAAGCUGAUGUGCUCUUCUAAAAAUUUCAGAGGAAAUGUCAGUCCAGUAAAUAUCUUCAUCGUUUUCACGAAGAGCCACAUGUUAAAAUAACAAAUUAUUGAUAAAUUCAGUACAGGAAUGGGUGUAUACCUAAAUAAUUGCAUUUUGCGUUUUCACAAAGAGUCCGACAUCCCCAAAGGGGCAUCUUAUACAUUUAAACAGAAAAGCGUUAAUGUAGGUCAAUUGUUUUUAGAGUUUCACAAAGAGCCACAUAUGUCCGUGUGCGCAUGAUCACGCGACUCCUUUCCUAUACCUGUAUGAUUGCGUUAUCCCAGAUAAGUGUUUAAGUAGGUCAUCAACUGCAAACCAUUGCGCUUUAGUGUUGCAGUUUGAAGCUAAAGAACAGUGCACAAUGUAAAUCUCAAAUGUGCCUUUUGAUUAUGUGGCUUUGUGGAAAAAAUGACAAUAUUGUUAUUAUUAUUAUUAUUUGGUUCCAUUGAUCGGCUCAAAGGGUUUGUAGGUUACUAAUCACAAAGGGUGGAUUUCACAAUAAGUUAAAACUUGUCUAACUCAAGUUACGAGAAGUUACUCGUCCUAACUUAGGACUAGCCUUUUCUUAAAUAAAAAAGUUUUGUAUAACUCCUAAACAGUCCUAGGACUAGUCCUAAGUAAGGACUAUCUUUGUGAAAUCGACUUAGAACAAGACCAGAAUGUAAUGAGAAAGAACUUUCUACAGUUUUUAAAAGUAUGUGUAAGCUGAUUUUAUUUGUUUAAGCACCAAGAAAAUAUCCCACGAUUUUGUCUUAAGUAUGGAUCAAUACUCAACACAGUUGUAAGUUAUUCAAAGGUAUUAUUACACAAUGAGGUAAGAGGUAAUCUUAGUCAAUUGAAAAGAACUAAACUUGUCCUGUUGUUUUUUUUUGCGCUAUGCCGAUAUCAUGUCAAUGAUUGUCUCCAAAUCAAAUAACACAUGCGUUCCAUUAAGUUAACAUAAAUAUAAUCAGCUUCAAUUUUCAAUCUUUAUUCUUUUAACAUCCGAAAAAGAAAGUUUUGUUUCGCUUUACUCAUUGCUGAUGGAAGUCAUUUAUUUUGAGUGCUCAAAAGUUUUGUAAAUCAGAUUGGUUGGUGAAACUAAGACUUUUAAGUUAUGUGCAUAAAUAACACAUUUUUUGCUUUUUGUUUUACUUCCUUUUUAUAGGAUUAUGCCAAUAAAAUGUGUUAUUUAUAACAGACUAAUUUGUAAAUAUCAAGUUCAACAAAAUGUAAUGCAGUAGAUAAUAAUAAAUAUUCAUUAUUAUUAUUGUAAUAUAAUCUGAAGGUUUUACUCUAUUUUGCC